UGAAGACAAGUGAAGAUGGCGGACGUGUUGAGUGUUCUUCGCCAAUACAACAUCCAGAAAAAAGAAAUCGUCGCCAAAGGAGACGAAGUUAUCUUUGGAGAGUUCUCUUGGCCCAAAAAUGUCAAGACUAACUAUGUCAUUUGGGGAACUGGAAAGGAGGGUCAGCCCAAGGAGUACUAUACUCUGGACUCCAUUUUGUUCCUGCUCAACAAUGUGCAUCUCCCUCAUCCAUCCUACGUGCGAAGGGCUGCAACAGAAAACAUUCCGGUUGUCAGAAGACCUGAUAGAAAGGGCUUGCUAUCCUAUCUCAAUGGGGAAAGUUCUACUUCGACAAGUAUCGACAGAAGUGCCCCCAUAGAGAUUGGUUUGCAAAGGCCAACGCAAGUCAAACGAGCAGCAGAUGAGGUGUCAUCUGAAGCCAAAAAACCAAGGAUUGAGGAUGAGGAACGAGUGCGACUGGACAAGGAGCGUCUGGCUGCUAGACUGGAGGGCCACAAAGAGGGCAUAGUGCAAACUGACCAGAUCAGGUCACUGUCCGAGGCCAUGUCCGUGGAGAAGAUUGCCGCCAUCAAAGCCAAGAUUAUGGCCAAGAAGCGCUCCACCAUCAAGACAGACCUGGAUGAGGAUAUCACACUGAAGCAGAGGAGCUUUGUGGAUGCCGAGGUGGACGUGACCAGGGACAUAGUCAGCAGGGAGCGGGUGUGGAGGACCAGGACCACCAUCCUACAGAGCACUGGAAAGAACUUCUCCAAAAACAUCUUUGCCAUCCUGCAAUCGGUGAAGGCCAGGGAGGAGGGACGCGCUCCUGAGCAGAGACCAGCACAGAACACCACUCAGGUGGACCAGUCCAUUAGGAACAAACAGCCUGUCCCAGCUGCUUAUAACCGAUACGAUCAGGAGAGAUUCAAAGGAAAAGAGGAAACGGAGGGUUUCAAGAUUGACACCAUGGGAACAUACCACGGCAUGACCCUGAAGUCUGUGACGGAGGGAGCGUCUGCCAGGAAGGCCCAGACACCAGCCCUGCAGCCCGUCCCCAGACCAGUUUCCCAAGCCAGACCCCCACCAAAUCAAAAGAAGGGCUCUAGGACUCCCAUCGUCAUCAUCCCAGCGGCCACCACAUCCCUCAUCACCAUGCUCAAUGCCAAGGACCUCCUGCAGGACCUCAAGUUUGUGACGCCAGAGGAGAAGAAGAAGCAGGGCAUCCAGCGGGACAACGAGGUGCUGCUCCAGAGACGUAAGGACCAGAUUCAGCCCGGUGGGGCAACGCUCAGCGUCACUGUGCCCUAUAGGGUUAUUGACCAGCCCCUCAAACUAGCACCGCAGGACUGGGAUCGUGUGGUGGCUGUGUUCGUGCAGGGCCCUGCCUGGCAGUUCAAAGGUUGGCCUUGGCUGUUGCCUGACGGAUCUCCUGUGGACAUUUUUGCUAAAAUAAGAGCCUUUCAUCUGAAGUAUGACGAGCAGAAGAUGGAUCCCAACGUUCAGAAGUGGGAUGUCACCGUGUUGGAGCUGAGCCACCACAAGCGCCAUCUCGACCGGCCCAUAUUUCUGAAGUUCUGGGAGACCCUCGACAGAUACAUGGUGAAACACAAGUCCCACCUGAGGUUCUGAGCCUGGACCGCGGCCUCCUUCCUCCACAGGUCCCGUCAAGGCAUUUAUAAACCCCCUGCCACAAACCUAGCCCCCCCCUUCCUCCUCCCUACCAGGACUACCUCUAGAAGAGACUGGGUACCCUACUAGCACUUUGGGCUCCCAGAAAAAGCCCCCGUGUUCAGAUAGUCCUUCAGGAACAUACCUUCUACCUGGUCUCUAUAGUUACAAGCAGCAGAUGCAGUAUGUCACUCUGGACAUGGGGAGGGGAAGUUGGAGCUUCCAAUGUUUUUUCAAGUUCUAAUGUAAAAAAUAAAAAUAAAAUAAAAACUAUUUUCUAACAUCAGAGCAUCUUACUGUGGAGACCGAGGUUGAAGAGAGAGCGAGAUGGAGAGAGAGAGAGCGGACGAGGGGGGAUGGAUAGAUGGAGGUGAGAGAAGAAACCUCUUCUCGUACUAUUUCCUUUGUGAAAUGAAUCCUGUACAUUCCAUGUGAAACAUGAGCUGGCUAAGAAGCCCUCUGGAAAUCUGGUGGUGCAAAAUAAAAUCACUGGAUAUGA